AUGCUCUGCUACCUGCUCUUUGUUCUGCUGGGAGGCCUGGUGUUCACAGCCGUGGAGAAGCCGUUGGAGGAGGAACUGAGAGCUGAGGUGGAGGAGCUGCGUCGCUUCUUCCUGCAGGAGAAUCCCUGUGUUGAGGAGGGCAGGUUGGGCAAGCUGCUGGAGAAAGCUCUGUCUGUACACCACAGUGAUGUAAAUGUUCUGAACGCUGAGGCAGACGAGAGACGCUAUGACUUCACAUCAUCACUCUACUUUGUCAUUGCCACUUUGACCACCAUGGGUUCUGACUCUUACACCCUCAAGUCAGAUGAGGCCAAGCUCUUCUGUAUCUUCUAUUGCACCCUAGGGAUUCCCCUUACCCUGUUCCUACUCACUCUCCUUUCUAACUGUCUCCUUCUCCCUGUUGUCACUCACGCCCCUGUAAACCACCUGCACGUUUACUGGGGUUUGUCGUAUAACCGAGCUGCCCUCGUCCAUGCUGUCUUUCUCACAGUGCUUGUCUUCAUCCUCCUUCUCCUUCUGCCCGCCUUACUGGUCUCCGCAAUAGAGCCAGACUGGAGCUACUUGGACGCUCUUUUCUUCUGCUUUGUCACACUGAGCACUGUUGGUGAAGGAGAAAACCCUCUUGGGAGAAGUUGGGGGCCAGCAGCCAGGGAAACACUGGAGCUCCUCACCACAUAUGACAUCACAGUGGUUGCGAAGAUGGAAAACUAUGACUGGUUGUGGGCUCAUACGUACAAUAUCACCUAA